AUAUAAAUGACAGAAUGAAAUGUUUGCAAGACAUUGUGCCAGGAUGCUACAAGACCAUGGGCAUGGCAGUAAUGCUGGAUGAGAUAAUUAAUUAUGUGCAAUCGUUGCAAAACCAAGUUGAGUUUCUUUCCAUGAAACUUACUGCUGCAAGCACAAUCUACGACUUCAACUCGGAGACAGAUGACAUGGAAGCAAUGCAGAGGGCAAAAGCAUAUGAGGCAGAGAAAGUUGUGAAAAAAGGAUGUGAAGGACUUGCUUCAACUCAACUGGGCCCUUUUGACCUCACUUUUGGCAGCUAUUCCUCACUGCCAUUUAACACUUGAAGAUGCAUCAUUUACCUAUAUUCUUUACAAUUUUCAAAUAACUGUAUUAGAAGCACAUAAAAAUUUCACAUAAUGAAACACGUGAAAUUCUUUUGUGCACUUAAGCUAUCUCAUUUUCAAAUCAAAUUUAUACUUGUACGGACCCUUUACAGAUAUGUGAGAGAUUGAUUCUUAUUAA